UAURAGGGAAAAAAGUCAAAAAUCUCGUGUUUGAAGUUAUUUUCAAAUUUUGAUCUAAAUUUGGACUAAAGUAUGCCUGUGUAUAAAGUACAUAUCAAAUGGGGAAAGGAAAAGUUUGAAAAUGUGGAACUGAACACAGAAGAGCCAACCGAUGUUUUUAAAGCACAAUUAUUUGCACUUUCCUCUGUUCCUCCAGAGAGGCAGAAGGUUAUGCUAAAGGGAGCAGUACUUAAGGAUGAUGGAUGGGGAAAUUUCAAGCUUAAAAAUGGUAUAACACUAAUGAUGAUGGGAUCAGCUGAUGCUCUACCACAAGCACCAAAAAAGAAAACUAUGUUUGUUGAGGAUAUGACAGACUCACAACUAGCAUCUGCUUAUGACUUGCCUGCUGGAUUGAAUAAUCUUGGAAACACUUGCUACAUGAAUGCUACAGUCCAGUGUCUUCGCAAUGUACCUGAACUUAAAUCAUGUUUGUUAAAGUUUCCAGGUCAACUUGGAUUUGGAGGUAGUGAUAGCCUGGGAUCRCCAGAGUCUGUAACGUUAGCACUAAGAGACUUGUAYAAAAGUAUGGACAAAACUUCAGAACCAAUGCCACCAAUAAUAUUCYUACAAAUUCUUCAUAAAGCAUUUCCACAAUUUGCAGAGAAGACUGAGCAAGGAGUCUAUGCUCAACAGGAUGCCAAUGAAUGCUGGACUCAGGUUGUGAGAAUUCUACAACAAAAGUUGCCUGGUGAAGAGAAAGCCAUAGAAGAGGGAAAGGACGAGAAGGCAGCUUCUGCUGACAGCCGAGGUUUUAUGGAUCAAUAUUUUGGUAUAGAAUCAGAAUCAGUAAUGAAAUGCGUUGAGGCUCCAGAGGAAGAGGAAGUCAAAUCAAAGGAAACAUUGUUUCAGCUUAGUUGCUUUAUUAAUCAAGAUGUGAAAUAUAUCCACACAGGCUUGCAAAGUCGUUUAAAAGAAAGCAUCACAAAAAACUCUCCAACACUAAACAGAGAUGCGGAAUAUACAAAAACAUCCAAGUUGAGUCGUCUACCUGCAUAUCUACCAGUUCAACUGGUGAGAUUUUACUUCAAGGAGAAAGAGGCAGUGAAUGCUAAAAUCUUAAAGGAUGUGAAAUUUCCACUUGUGCUAGAUGUGUUUGACUUGUGUACAGAAGACCUUCAGAAUAAGCUUAUCCCUCAGCGAACUAAAUUCAAAGAAAUGGAGGACAGAAAGUUAGAAGAGGCACGGGGAAUGAAAGCCAAAGCUGAUCAAGGUGAAAAACCGGAACAAAAAGAAGAGCCUAUGGAUGUCGACAAGAAGACAAAAUUGGAACCAUUUUCUUUCCCUGAUGAUAUUGGUUCAAAUAAUAGUGGUUAUUAUGACUUGUUAGCUGUACUAACCCACCAAGGUCGGUCUUCAUCGUCUGGUCAUUACGUCGCUUGGAUUAGAAAAAACGAAGACGAAUGGUACAAGUGUGAUGAUGACAACAUAUCAGGCAUUCAUUCUGAAGAUAUUCUCAAGCUUUCUGGAGGAGGAGACUGGCACUGUGCUUAUGUUCUUCUUUAUGGACCAAGAAAACUUGAAACAAUAGACGAAUCAUCUUAAUAUGGAGGCAUAAAUAAAGCAAUUGUUACUGAUAUCUACCAGAGGACGGACAGACAGAAAAGUAGGCAGACAGACAGACAAUACUUAUACARAGACGGUUGAAUGAUGUGUAGCAGUUGUGGUAAUUGGUUUUAAGACUCAAUUAAAGUUGUCAGUGUGA